UUUAGUCCUCACGCAGGAUGCUGUGCUGUCUGCUCCUUUGUGAAUGUCUGUGGCUGAUAACUGGUUAUGCUCAUGAUGAUGACUGGAUUGACCCCACAGACAUGCUUAACUAUGAUGCUGCUUCAGGAACAAUGAGGAAAUCUCAGGUGAAAUAUGAUAUUUCAGAGAAAAAAGAGGUCAGUCCUAACUUGUCUGCUGAUGAAUUGUCAGAAUGUUACAGCAGAGUUGAUUCUUUAACUCAUAAGAUUGCUGAGUGUGAAAACAAAAAGAGGAAAGACUAUGAAAGUCAAAGCAAUCCUGUUUUCAGGAGAUACUUAAAUAAGAUUUUAAUUGAAGCUGGAAAGCUCGGACUUCCUGAUGAAAACAAAGACGAUAUGCAUUAUGAUGCCGAGAUUAUACUUAAAAGACAAACCUUGUUAGAAAUACAGAAGUUUCUCAAUGGAGAGGAUUGGAAACCAGGAGCCUUGGAUGAUGCACUAAGUGAUAUUUUAAUUAAUUUUAAGUUUCAUGAUUUUGAAACAUGGAAGUGGCAAUUUGAAGAUGCCUUUGGAGUGGAUCCAUAUAAUGUGUUCAUGGUGCUUUUGUGUCUGCUCUGCAUUGUGGUGUUAAUAGCUACCGAGCUGUGGACGUACGUUCGUUGGUACACCCAGUUGAGACGUGUUUUAGUCAUCAGUUUUCUCUUCAGUUUGGCAUGGAAUUGGAUGUAUUUAUAUAAGCUAGCCUUCGCACAGCAUCAGGCUGAAGUUGCCAAGAUGGAGCCCUUAAACAAUGUGUGUGCCGAGAAGAUGGACUGGUCUGGAAGUCUCUGGGAAUGGUUUAGAAGUUCAUGGACCUAUAAGGAUGACCCAUGCCAAAAAUACUAUGAGCUCUUAUUAGUCAACCCUAUUUGGUUGGUCCCACCAACAAAGGCACUGGCCGUUACAUUCACCAACUUUGUCACAGAGCCGCUGAAGCACAUUGGAAAAGGAGCUGGUGAAUUUAUUAGAGCACUCAUGAAGGAGAUCCCAGUGUUACUGCACAUUCCGGUGCUGAUAACUAUGGCAUUAGCUGUCCUGAGUUUCUGCUAUGGUGCUGGAAAAUCAGUUAAUGUGCUGAGACAUAUAGGUGGUCCUGAAAGAGAACCGCCCUGGGCCCUUCUGCCAAGUGAUAGAAGACGGCAGCGGGAAGUUGACUACAGACCCCAUGGUGGAGCAGGUGAUGCAGAUUUCUGUUAUAGAGGCCAGAUUGGCCCCCCUGAGCAAGGCCUGUAUGACAAAACCUAUGAGGGUAGAAGAGACGUUUUGAGAGAGAGAGAUGUUGACUUGAGAUUUCAGACUGGCAACAAGAGCCUUGCAGUGCACCCGGCACGUGAUUUACCACGCGCAGAGGCGAGAGAGCAUCCCAAGGAGGUACCCAGUCCCAAAGACAUUGGUGGAAUCCCAGGAGAAAGCACACUGACGGAAAGCAGUACUAAAAGCAGCCAGCCGGCUCAGCCUGUCUCUGGCCAAGAGAUGUCAGAGAGUGUGGAAGGUUCACCGGCAGUGGAAAAGGCCCAGCUCAAGACUGAUGCCAGAGGCAGCCCAGAGGAAGGCAGCACUUCCAGCCCAGCGAGCACUGACACGGGAGCACGUGGAAAGGAUCUGGACAGCGGCCCAUGAGUCUAGAGGAACACAGACUUGAACCACAGAUCUGAGAUCAUCAUUUGGGGAUGAAAUCUACUUUGUCAGCUAGCAAGGCAACAUGGUACUGCUGUUGAAUGAUUGCAGCAAUUCAGGGAAGACUUAUUAAAGCAAAUUGAACAUAUCAAGGCCAGUUUAUAACUAGAAGAGAUAGGCUUGUUUAUUGUCUAGCCAAUAUUUAUCAUUAAAAUCAAGGAUUAUAGUGACAAGCUUUUAGGAAAAUCAGAAUGGGGUAGACAGCUUUUAAAGGCAAUUUUUGAAUGGAAUAGAUAAUGUUGAAUGUUUAUAGGGUCUAAGAAAUACCAUAUACACAAACACUUAUUUCUACAUUAUUGUGGUUUGGUAUGCUGUCUUUGCU